GGCAGGAAUGGGUGACGGGCACUUCACUUCACCUGCGAGCCGCUGCGUGCCACCUUCCUCUUCGAGGGGAUGGAAGCAGUCAUCGGCGGUCCGUCCAUCCGUCCGUGCUUGCCAGAGCGGUGUCCCCGGCCGACUCCGGCGCAGGAGCGAAUGCCCAAAGUUUCGUGCCUCACUCCCCUUUACUUCACAAAUGCCCUCUUGGUGGUCCUGUUGGUCUUCCCCGAGUUUUGGCUGGCAGUACAAUGCGAUGUUUCAUGUUGUGGGCAUCUCGGUGCCGUUGCUGACUUUGAAUUUGUGAACCUGCGCCUGCACCCUGCCGCACCGUGUCCGUGACUGAGGGGCUGCUUCUUCUGUUCCUUUAGCAUUCGUUUCAUUCCCUUUUUCUUUUUGUGAUGACAAAGUCCAAAAUGGCAUCGAGGACGAUUACAGAGCUUUUUGGGAGAAGCUGAAGCAGAUGUGUGUGUCGUGACGGCAGGAUGUCAGACCCCUAAACGCUGCUGCACGUCCGCGGCCUUCUGAUUUUGACACUACGACCUCGAGUGAGGAGCUGAACUGUUGCAGAGGGUCUUUUUCGUUUCUGCAGGUGGUCCUCCUGCUGUCGGCUGUUUGCUAAAUGACACCAGAGGCGGCUCUCGAGACUCUGCCCACCUUGGCUUCCUUCACUUCAACCCGAUGCGAUUUUCCUAGAGAUGUGUGGCGACGGAAGUGGAUGGUCCACGAGCCGCCCCAGACCCCCCGAGCGAGCCUGUGCCGAGUGCCAGGGACUGGGCCGCCCAGGGGCUCACACAGGCUCCUCUGCAGAAUGUCCAGCAAGGAUCGGCACAUCGACUCCAGCUGUCCCUCGUACAUCAAGACUGAACCGUCCAGUCCGGCCUCACUCACAGACAGCAUUAACCAGCACAGUCCCGGGGGCUCGUCGGAUGCCAGCGGCAGCUAUAGCUCGACCAUGAACGGCCACCAGAACGGGCUGGACUCGCCUACGCUCUAUGGCCCCACGACGGGCCUGGGGGCCAACGGGGCGGCCCGGAAGCGGUACGACGACUGCUCGAGCACCAUCACAGAGGACUCCCAGACCAAGUGCGAGUACAUGCUCAACUCCAUGCCCAAGCGCCUGUGCCUGGUGUGCGGCGACAUCGCCUCCGGCUACCAUUAUGGGGUCGCCUCCUGUGAAGCCUGCAAGGCCUUCUUCAAGCGGACGAUUCAAGGAAACAUCGAGUACAGCUGUCCGGCCACCAAUGAAUGUGAAAUCACGAAGCGCAGGCGCAAAUCCUGCCAGGCCUGUCGCUUCAUGAAGUGUCUAAAAGUCGGGAUGAUGAAGGAAGGAGUCCGCCUAGACAGAGUACGAGGGGGCCGUCAGAAAUACAAGCGACGGAUAGAUGCAGAGAACAGCCCGUACCUGAACCCGCAGCUGGUGCAGCCGGCCAAAAAGCCAUUCCCAUUUGGCUGCCUUGCAGAUAACAAGAUUGUGUCCCACUUACUGGUGGCUGAGCCAGAGAAGAUCUACGCCAUGCCGGACCCCACGGUCCCCGACAGCGACAUCAAGGCUCUGACGACGCUCUGCGACUUGGCCGACAGGGAGCUCGUCGUCAUCAUCGGGUGGGCCAAGCAUAUCCCAGGAUUCUCCACUCUGUCCCUCGCCGACCAGAUGAGCCUUUUACAAAGUGCGUGGAUGGAAAUCCUCAUCCUCGGGGUCGUCUACCGCUCCCUCUCCUUUGAGGACGAACUGGUUUACGCCGAGGACUACAUCAUGGAUGAGGAGCAGUCCAAGCUGGCCGGCCUCCUGGAGCUCAACAACGCCAUCCUGCAGCUGGUGAAGAAAUACAAAAGCAUGAAGCUGGAAAAGGAGGAAUUCGUCACCCUCAAGGCGAUCGCACUCGCCAACUCAGAUUCAAUGCACAUAGAAGACGUGGAGGCCGUUCAGAAACUGCAGGAUGUUUUACACGAGGCCCUUCAAGACUAUGAGGCCAGUCAGCACGUGGAGGACCCCCGCCGGGCCGGCAAACUGCUCAUGACCCUCCCGCUGCUGCGGCAGACGUCCACCAAGGCCGUGCAGCAUUUCUACAGCAUCAAACUGGAGGGCAAGGUGCCCAUGCACAAACUCUUCUUAGAAAUGCUCGAGGCCAAGGUCUGACUUGGAGGUCCCCGGCCUCCGCUUGUCACGCACAGAGAACGAGCCAGGCCACCGCCACCGCUUCCAAGGGGAGGACAUUCAAAGUUAGACAACUUGAAGACAAUGGAAACUUUUGGGUUUUUAUUAUUAGAAUUAUUUUUUUUUUUUGUUAAGCAAACAGCAACUUUAAAACAAUUAACUAACGACUGCACUGAGUGUUCAGCGGUAAGACUGGGAAUCAGCUUUCGACUCUCUCUUCGUCGGACUUGAACGCACCUUUGUGCUCUUCUGAAACUUGUUUUUUUUUUUUUCCAUGAAAGUUGUCUCUACAUGACGCAAGAAGGAAGCCAGCCCUGCCAAAGGAUGGAAGUCCAUGCCAUGGAUACCAGCGAAUUUCCCACUAACGUCCCCACGUAGCGAAAGGAAUCAAGCUGAAGGCGUCUCACCUUGCAGUCGGGCGUGGCGCAUCGACCAGACGCGGGUUUUCGACGAGCAGUCUCUAAUUCGGUGACCGAGUGUCGUGUCAGUCGGCUGUUUCUUAUCGUUGUGUUCUCCAUCUAGAUCAGUUACAGCCAUUCGAUUCCUUCAUUGUUUUCUUUCAAGUCUUCCAGAUCCUUCAUCGGUUUUCGUGACUUAUCGGUACUCUUUCAGGGAAUACUUUAAGCUUUAUUCACUCAUGCAAUACAAGAACAACGACAACGAAUAUACUGCAUUUCUUUUUCAAUGCGGCAUAAGCAAUGAAGAACAAUGAUGAAGGAGAAAAGAAAAAAGAAGAAAAAAAUAGUAAUAAAAAAAACUUUUAAGAAAGAUUUUUUUAUAAUAUUUUGUUGAUAAUUAAUUGAGAUUUUUUGUAACAGCUUUAACACUUUCAGCCAUUUUAUUAAUUGUGUGAAUUUUCUCUUCUUGAGCAAUAGUUCUUAAAACAAAAAAGGGAAGGUGCAUAUGAAGCGAUAUGCAAUUUUCGUUGUGUGCCAGUCUAGUCAAGGACGCAGUUUGUUUGUUUGUUUGUUUGUUUGUUUGUUUUUCCUUUUGUUCAUUUCUCUAAAUAAAGACGCGCUUCUUCCGAGAUUGAAUCCCACUGUUAGAUUACGCCGACGUCGCAACGCGCACACAAACGCACGCGAAUCAAGGAGGACGACGGCGACGACGACAACAUGGAUCGGUUAAGGCGAUGGCACUGGCCAGGCUGGCGAGCACUCGGAGCCGCGGCCGUGUUUGUGCGAAGCGAGCCCCUCCAAGCACCUUCCAGGCGGUCCCGGUGGUGUGAUCUUAAUAAUCUGGAAUACGUCAGUCGAGCAGCAGGCGAGGAGCGCCCCCUUCUGUCGGCUCCCUCCCUUAGCGUGUGUGCACUUGCCGGAAAAUAAAGAUUGUAAGCCAAGCCGAAGCCGCGCAUUGGAACAAAAGGAAAUAUCGUACUCCUGCUUUCUGAAUGUUUCACGUUUGCUCUGCUUCUUCUCCGGCCUUUUCCUUUGGCACGGUCGUCGUCACCAUCUGUCGCUGUUUUCUCUUUGGUUGGACGUCGCGUUCGAGGCCUGUCGUCUUUCUUGUUCUCGUGGUGUUCUUGUGCUUCUUUAUUGCUUUACUUGAUUUUUCCUUCUGCUCCCGUUUUCUUUUUAGACACAGGGUAGGUUUAGAGACAGUAAUGGAUGUACCAUUCCUCAGGAGAUUCCACUAGUCCAUCCUGUAGCUCACGGGAUUCGAGGCUCUUCCUAAGAACUACGAGAACUUCAGCAGGCAUCUGUGUCACAGUUUAUUGUAGAAUAACAAUGUAUAUCUUAGCGAUAAAGGACUUUGAAUAUUUCCAAACGGUUAAGUCUCAUUUUUAAAGAACCGCUGUAAAUAAUCGCCCACGACCCUUACCCCCUCAAUCAUCUCAGUUGUCGAUAGAUUGACUUUGCUCGGCGUAGUUGCAAAGACUUUUUUGACGCAGAGACCCGUUUCCAAAACUACCGCUUGAACUUUGUGUGCUUGUAUAAGAAAAAUGUAAAAGUAAAGAGAAAAGGGUGCGGGUUCUCCGUCUGUCCGUCCGUCUGUCCGUCCGUCCGUCCGUCUAUAAAUACUGUGUAUCUCUCAUUAGCUCUGCAAACGUCGAUGAUAUUGUAGCUUGUGGUUUCUCAGUAGAGAAGUGACCGUACUGUGAUUCUAGAACUUUAUAACCAUGCAUAGCAACUCAUGAGGUGCUCGGAGCUGUGGCGCGAGCCACCUCGGCACUUCCAUGAAAUUCCAUGGACAACUCCUGGGAAUAAAAGGUGCUGCUUUUGUUAGGAAAUUCCACUUGGCUUUUCAUUUCUGGGGAGACGGGCCAGCCCUUGUGGACAGGAUUUAAGCUGUGGCAGAGGAACCCGCGUCCGCUUCCAUUGCACGUUGUGUUUGAAAGCCAUCCGUUCCGUUGGCUCUUUUGAUUUGUUUGUUUUGUUUUUAAGGAAAUCACAUAAUGAGACACCAGCAGGAAUCUGCGAGUCUGGGAAUCUCCUUUCACUCGGCUUAAAUCCUGCUCAGUGGUUCAGUUGCCUGUUUUCCUGUGUUUGUUUUACACCAAAAACGAGUUCCAUUGUAAAGAGGUGUCACGUCGCCAUAUUCAACGAUCUCUCGUCCAUUUCUGGGUUUUGUAGAUCUUCUUAUUUAAAGCAAUAUGACUGUGCAACGUUCACUAGUUGCACUUGUAUUUCAAUUAGAUCAAAGUGCUGUAUUUAUUCAACUAUUCUGCGUUUAAAUUAAUAGAAAAAAUAAUAAUAAUAAUAAUAAUAUUAAUAAUAAAUAUAAUAAUAUAAAUGUGUACAAACAACUGCUAUUUUUCUUAUAGAAGAGAUUAUGGGUGUUGGUGUGGAUCUAUUUAAAUUAUUUAUGCAUAUGUGUAUUCCUGCCAAAAAUGAAAUAAUUAAUGGCAGUCUUUACAUGAAAAUCUGAAAGAAUAUAUUGAAAAAAAAAAAAAAAAAAUAAAAUAAAAUAAAUAAAUGAAAUAAAGUAAAAUACAAAGAACUAAAAGCUUCAAAAGGAUCCAGGAGUUGCUGAGCAAAUCAACUUAGUGAGAACCAUGUCUGUAGAUGUAGAUGUGCGCCACAUCGGUGAACAAUGACCUGUAUGUAUAUUUUUGUGACGUGUAUCAUACAGUGUGUUCCGAUAAUACGAUGUCCAUUUGUGUAAUGUAUUUAUUUUACAUUGUAUAUAUUGUUCAAUGAAAAAGAGAAACUAUGAUUCUGUAACUCCAAUCAAAUGAGAUGUGUAACUCCGAUUAUGCCUUUCAGGAUGAUGGUAGAGCAAUAUUAAACAAGCUUCCACUUUUGACUGCU